AUGAGAUCAAAUCUAUCAGAAUGCAAAGAUAAACAAUUAAAAAAACUGAAUAGAGCACAGAGCCAAAGUUAUUAUAUUUAUUUUAUUCAUUCAUUUCCUGAUAACAUAAUCACCACAUCAGUAAAUGCAACAUUCCCUAUAAUCAAAAAGGUUGCAAAUUUGGCUCAUUCGCGGACCAGAAUCCAUAAAAAUUAUCAUAAAAACCCAAUUGUUGGGUCUCAUCUUCCAAAAAAUUAA